GGCGUUCUCUCCGGCCGGGUCCCGCCUAUCCUGGGACUCUGCAUGCCCAGCGCCCUGGCCUCCCGACGUCGCCCAGCUCGGCGACUGCGUUCCUUCAACACGCCUGCCACCAGCCCCGUGCGGACAGAUCGUGGCGUUCACCGUAGACACUUGUCCAUUUACCAGUCUUUAGCAUGUGGGGUCCGUGAACGCCCCCACACUGUACAGAGAGGCCUGACGCCCAUCAAAAACAAGCCGUUUCCCACGAGUCAGUUCUGACUCAUAACAAACCCACAGGCCUCUCACCUGACCCAGCCCACCAGUGGGCUCCUGCCACUAUGGACCUGUUGUUUGGGCGCCGAAAGACACCUGAAGAACUGUUGCGACAGAACCAGCGGGCCCUGAACCGUGCCAUGCGGGAGCUGGACAGAGAGCGCCAGAAACUGGAGACCCAGGAGAAGAAAAUCAUAGCAGACAUCAAGAAGAUGGCCAAGCAGGGUCAGAUGGAUGCUGUGCGCAUCAUGGCCAAGGACUUGGUACGCACCCGGCGCUACGUCCGCAAGUUCGUGCUGAUGCGGGCCAACAUCCAGGCUGUGUCCCUGAAGAUCCAGACGCUCAAGUCUAACAACUCCAUGGCCCAAGCCAUGAAGGGAGUCACCAAGGCUAUGGGCACCAUGAACAGACAGCUGAAACUUCCCCAGAUCCAGAAGAUCAUGAUGGAGUUUGAACGGCAGGCAGAGAUCAUGGACAUGAAGGAGGAAAUGAUGAAUGAUGCCAUUGAUGAUGCCAUGGGUGACGAGGAAGACGAGGAGGAGAGUGAUGCUGUUGUGUCCCAGGUCUUGGAUGAGCUGGGACUCAGCCUGACAGAUGAGUUGUCCAAUCUCCCCUCAACAGGGGGCUCACUCAGUGUGGCUGCUGGUGGGAAGAAAGCAGAGGCUGCUGCUUCAGCCCUGGCUGAUGCAGAUGCAGACCUGGAGGAGCGGCUUAAGAACCUUCGGAGGGACUGACUAACCAGCCCCACCUACCUUGGGGGGGCCACAGGCAUUGCCUGUGGAAUAAAGAUUGGACACUA